GAAAACAGGAAGAGAACGUCAGAAUAGAAAAAUAAACACACAAAGAAGAUGCUGAAAUUAAUUGUCCUUUCGAUCGUGCUGUUAGCAGUAUCAAUUGAAGCAUGUCCGCAGGGAUGGCAAACAUUCCAAAACUCUUGUUAUUUUUCAAGCGCGACGCUUGGUGACGAUUCAUAUGCAUCAAAGGCGAAAAGAUCUAGACACUGGUAUAGUGCUCAGAGAGAAUGUAAAAAAUUGGGAGCAACUCUUGCUGAAAUUAAUUCACAGGCCGAGCUGCAAUUUGUAAGGAAAUUAGCAAUGAGAGGCCGCAGAACUUCUUGGAUUGGUGGUACAGAUUCGGCUAAUGAAGGAGAGUGGAAAUGGAUAUCUGGAGCACCAAUUACUGUCUCUGACUUCAAACCUCUUACAGACCCACAAAUGAUGAAAUAUGAUCGCCCAGAGAGACAAGACUGUCUUGCUAUUGCAGGAUAUCUUGAUUUCCACUGGAGAGGCAUUUUUUGCAUACAAGGAUAUGAAUACAUAUGUGAAAAAGCAAACAACUAGAGUAAUAGUCAUGGUAGAAGUUGAAGAAAUAUUCUAAAAAGGAAUAAAAAAAAAUAACAGAGGAUUUAACUUCAAGAUCAAAUGAUUAAAAACAUUCACAUGACGCUCAAUAAAUUAUUGCUGAUUGGAAAUAUUGUGAAAUAAACUAACAGAAUUAUAAUAAAAUAAAUUGAACACCUGA